AUGAAAAUUAUUCGAACAUUUUGCUAAGCCAAAUAAUUGUUGCUUAGUGAUAAAUUAAAACUCACAAAAUACUUAAAGCUCGUUCAUCAGACUCCUGUUUCUUAUGAGGGUGUAAGAAAAGCACUUGGAUAUGAUGUUAUUCUAAAUAAUAUUAAAUUUGAAGAGAAUCAAUCAGACAUUUUUCCAUUGACAUUAAAAUUGAUUAAACGAGAUAUAUCUUUGUUUGACUUCAAAGAAUUCACAACUUAUUUGUCAGCCAUAAAUAAUUAUAUUUGCUUUUCAAAAUCUCCGUACCCUUAAAAUGAACAGGAAUUUUAAGAUGCUCUGAGAAUUAUACUUGAUUAUGGGACCUUUAUUCAAAAGUUUUUGACUCUGCAACAUAUAGUAAUAUAUUUUGAUUCAAGAAUUACUCUUUAUUGUUAAUUAGCCACUUAGUUAAAGGAUGCGGUGAGAGAUCAUCAACCAAAAAACACAGAAGAAUAAAUAUUAAAAUUAUUUUGGGAAUAAAUAGAUAUUUAUGAUCAAGAGAAGAUAGAAUCACUGAUAGAAAAAUAAAUAGAACCACAAAACCCAACAAUGAAAAUUGAUGAAAGAAUAAAAAAAGAAUUUAUAGAUCUUAUAGAUGUCUUGUAAGUAGAAUGUGAGCAAUAUCAUUUAACAACAUAAUUAGUGAUUUUCGAAAUAAUAUCGAGACUAUAUUUUGAUUAGGAUGUUGAAAUUAGUGAAAAGAAGCAAUAAUAAAUCUAUUAUGUUGAGAAGUAAUGUUAAUACUAAAUAGAGCAGAAUCUAUCUUCUCUAAAUAACUUCCAUCUUGUACUUUAUACUCAUAUGUUAAAUUUAAAUUAACAUGAAGUCAAUAUUCUGAGUUGGGAUAAAAUUAUAAAUGAAUUGACCAUAAGAGACUUUGCUACGAUGACAAUAGAUGAUGCAUUCAAAUUAUGGUUAUUACUUUAUGAAAUCGGAAGAUAAAAUUCGACUGUUAAUGAUAAAAUUAUAGAAAAAUUAAUGAAUUAGAUUGAAUUGAUUUCAAAUAAAUACUACGUAUUAUUAUGCGAAUUAUUAAUUGAAACAAAAAAUAGCAAAACUGUGGAGUUUUUAAAAAAAUGGUAUCCAAAAAUUGAUCUAGAAAAAGAGACACCUUAGAAUUUGUGUGUAAUUUUAGAUGCAUUUAAUUCUGCUAAAUUAUUAAAUAAGUUGGUUUUAGGGAAAUUUCUGAAUGCUUUGGAAGACAAAAUAGAUCAGUUGGAUGAGAUAUAUAUUGAAAACAUCCUAAUUAGUUUAGUUGAUCACCAAUAUCAACAUGAAAAAACGUUGUAAAGAGCAGUCCAAUUUGAAUUAUUUGAGAAUACUUCAAAGCAUUUUCUUUUGGGAUUAUUACAUUAUUGCUAGAUGUAUAAUUAGAGCCAUCCAAGAGUAAAAGAAAUCCAGGAAGUUCUUGUGUAAGUCUUAACGAAAGAAUAUGAUGAAUCGAUUUUAAUUGAGUUGUUGAGAAUUUUGAUUACUGCAAUCAGAAAAAAGAAUUCAUAACAUAUUGAAAUAAUACCAGAAUUAAAGCCAUUUAUUAAAAAGUUUCUAGAAUCAAAAGAAGGAAAAUUAAUGGGUUAGGAAUCUUAAUUCAGAAGUGUAUUAUAAAGGUUGUAUAAUAUUAAGUGA